ACCUGGAGACCACUGGCCUUGUCCAAAUCACAGUCAGCACAAGGAAGAGAGAGGGAGAAAUUCGGGGAUGCAAAUUGAAAAACUCUGGCUUGAGCUGUGUAUCGCAGAUAAUUUCAGCACAUCCUGUAAUUGCGCGUUAUUUAGUCUGACCCCGUUGUCAACUUUUAACGCGAGUAUGUCCCGUGAGAAGCGAAGUGACAACAUGGCUGAACUGGCGGAGAACAAGUCUGUCGUGGAGGGGCGGUGAGUGGGGAAGGUGGGGGAGGAGGGCCCUUUCGUUGUUAUCUAUUACAAGUUUACCUCGUCAGACAAGUGUGUAGAGUGCUUGAGGAAUUCAAUGUAAACAUUAGGCCUCAAUGAUAUGUGUAGAAGAUUCGUGAAAAGGCUGUCUACACAUCUCCUGUCGAGAGAAGGCCAUACAUUGUUUGUGUUCAACGUGUUUCUGAAAUCUUGCCAAAGUAAGUUUAAAUCUAGACUCGAACUCAAAUUAUAAACUGACAAAGAGAAACAAUAAUGGAUUACGUUUGUCUUGUUGACCUCCGAAUGCUGCAUAAAGGUUAAGAAUGAGAAUAGUCAGAGACCAGCAUCAAGAAUAAAUCGCAACUUUCAGAAAUCAAAAGGGAAAAUUGACUAAUUCUCUAAGUCCAUUCAUCACUUGACUACCCCCUGGUCCAUUACGUAAAAUCAAGAAAAUUUGGAAUAAUCUUUGCCAUGACUUGAAAUUAAAGAUGAAACUAAUAGUUUAUCCUUUCAAUUUUGAUUGAAUAUGUAAUGGCUGACAGCAAAAACAAGCCAGACGUUCUUUUACUUCUUGUGUAUGGUUUAUCAAAUUUCUCCUCAAAUACCAAACAACUCUGAAGCUGUGAGUGCAGUCUCUUAAAAAUUGGUCAACAAUGUCUGGAUACUUCCACGGAAACUAACAUUGUUUCACUAAGUACCAAAAUGUAAUCAGAUAUAUAUUGUCAAGAUGUAAGCUGAAUUUUCUUUCAUUAAUUAAAGUUUUUCUCCUCUAACAAAUUUUUGUUUCAUAAAAUCUCGGGAGAAACUUUUUAACAGUUCACAUAACCUAACACGUAACAUCGUUCGUUAAUCUUUACCCAUUCAAAAACUAUGACCAACGUAUUCUAAAAUGAACGAAACAAAUGUGAUUAUUAUAGUUGCGGUCAUCGCAGGGGGUCUGUUCGUCAUUGUCAUUGUUGGCCUGACCGUCUUUCUCCUCCUCCAACGUCGACGCAAGAGGUCACAGCUGACCAAUGCUCCCAAGACAGCGACCAACGGAAGGUCAGGUCUGAGCUCAAGCCUCUAUGGCACGUCUGGAAUUAACGACGACGAUUCUGAGGCUUCUUUCGGAAGACACAGUACAACACACGACUCUGAUGAAGCCUCUGGGUUCGAGAACAAUAACGUUGACACACACGCAACCCCUUACAACCGAAAAUCAACUAAUGGGAUUAAAGUUUUACCGAAAAUUGCAGCCAAACCAGCCAGAGUGUCCGUUAUAAACCAUGACAGCAGGACAGAAAGUUUUCAACCAAGCUUUCAUCACUACGAUACACCUGGAGCUAAUAUUCAUGAUGGGCUUCAAACAAACAGAUUCUCUCAGACUAAAACAGCUCUUGAAAACGUUUACAAAAAAUUGCCAACUAUUUCUUCAAAAAUAGCCAAAUCUUGUAGCGAUUCAAGCAUCGACCAGACAACGGUAGCUAAAACUGUCAAAUCUCUACCUGUCAUUCCCAAGAAACCAAUCAGCGCGCCGGUGUUAAACGACACUACAGAAGCACGGAACCAAAUCCCGCCCAAACCAGCAAUUAUUGCCAAACCAUUUUACUUGCAAACAACAAACACAUCAACUACAAUGAAUACUAAAACGAGUGACUUUCUAAAACAUCAAGAAAAUAUUCACCAAUUUGUACCCGCCAUUCCUCCCAAACCUUCUUUCAUACCGCCUCCCAGCAUACCAGCCACAUUCGAUCAUUCUGAAAGGCAAGCUAAAUAUACCCACGUAGAACGGAAGAGCUACCCAAAGAUUUCACCGCCAGUUUUAGCUAAGCCAAGCUCCAAAUUGGCCCCCAUCCAACACAUGAGAGGUAAAGACAACCAAGGAUUUGUCAGUGACGACUCCGGGUACACCACUGUGGACUCGACUGUCCACUCGGUGGACAGCUCACUCUACUUAAGCCGUAAGUUAAAACAAAACUGGGAGAAAUCUUCGGACAUGCGACGCAUUCAUGUGGCCGACUCCAACAGAACUGAGCCUUACGCUGUGAUAGAAAUAUUCGACCAAAAAGAACAAAACCAAAAAACAUCGGUGCCGCCACCACCUGUCGGUCCCAGUCAGCUGACCGUUGCGAACUUUCUUUUGAAUUUAAACCGCCAAAAUGUCUCCACGAAUGAUUCUUCCAUUCCGCCUGAAAACUUUUACUUUGAGUUGGAGAAACAAUACGAAGCUACAGAUUCCGCGAUGAAAGUUGAUGCGGAUUUGUACAAUUCUAGACCAAGAUCAACUCCUAAUGUUCGAUAUCUUCGUGAGCUUAAGGAGACGGAUGUAUGAUUUAUAAGGUCUGUUCAGUUCUUUGGAGCAGUGUACAAUGCGUGUGGAAUAACAGUUUUAUGUAGACCUAAGCAGUUCUGUAUGAUUGAUAUAGACUGGAUGCUUUGUUUUAAAAUGUUGCCUUUGAUGUAUUUGUAAUAUUUUUGAAAUACUUUUUAUAGUACAAUGGAGUUCUGUAUGUUAGAAUUAACGUUUGGUGUAGUGUGCAAACCAAUAGAGUAAUUUGUGAUCGAUAUGCAUGUGUUUGUACUUGUAGCCCUAUUGAACGAUUAAUGAUAGUAUGUAGCGCUCAAAUGAAAAGUUGUUUUUUUCAAAGCUUAUAGCAACUCACUCUGUCCGACAUCCAUUCUUGGAACAAGUUGAAACUUUACACCAAUAAAAAAAUAACUAGUUAAUACAUUAAUUAUUGGUAACUAAUUAUCUUGUUUAAAAUCAAACAAAGAAAAAAAAUGUUACUUAUUAAGAAAUGUAACUGUAUAUAUGGAGUUAUUACCUUUAUUACGUUUUGUACACGUUUUCUGUCCCACUUCCCUUUCUGGAAUGUAGUUAAAAUUUUGCCUAAUUAUCCAUAGUCGAUUAUAGUUAUUUAAAAACUGAGGCUAGAAUAUCUUUUUUUUCUUUUCGAAUAAAUAUUUGUGUAAAAGGCCAAAGUUUCAAGUACAAACUGAAUAAAGUAGGCUGUCUUAGUGAGUGGUAUGCACUUUGGACCGUCGUAUCACAAAGGUCCUAAGUUCGAAACUUCCUACUGCCAUCAUCCCCUGCCGUCCUGUAGUAAGUUUGGGCUAGGUAGUCAUUGUCUUUUCUGAAGCACGUCUGAAACAUUGGAAUCAACAAUCUACUGAUAUUAUGUUUCAAACUUUUUGUUUUCACCUUUUAUUGUCAGGGGCGUUUCUGGUCCAAAGUUACCCUUUCUCUCCAUUUAUUUGUUUUGUUUCGAAAUUACUUUUCAAGGGAAUUACAUGUGAAAAGUUUUUACAAGAUGAAUAAUUGUAGGUAAAUUUAGGAGCUGCAAUAUAUCGCUACUGUAUGAACCCCAUCGCCUUACACUCCCCUUCACAAUGCUAACAUCUUUAUGUUACGCCACAGUGUGUUGUGUUUUUAGCAGUUUUCGAGAAGUACAAACCGUGUGCAAUAGUUGAAAGAUGUUUAUAAGAUCAACUUUUUUAGUCUGAUAAGAAACACAAACACUUGCUUUUAAUACUCUUGCUUAACAAAAGACUUUAACGGUUUCCUAUAAUGUAGCCGGUAUUAUAAGUCAAUCUUUGUGCUUUAAUAUUUAACGGACAGACAUAUUGUUGUAUAUUUUGAUUUUGUAUCUACCGAGUUCAUUGAACUUUGAUCAUUUAUUUAUUACCAAAGAAUGUGCACAAACCUGUAUACUUACAUGUAAAUAUAUUUGUCUAUACUUGUUGACCUAUACACAGGGAUGUAAAUGGGUUACAAGUAUAUUUUGUAAAGAGAUUAAAAGAUUGUUCCGGUUCAUU